AUGAUCGAGGAGGUUGAAGAGCCCGAAGUGCUGUAUGCUGAUCCAGAACCCUUAGACCAUCAAGACGAGAUCGAACCGGAGCCGAUGGAAUUAGACCCGGAGCAGGACGGAGAAGUGGCGGAGAUAGGAUCUGAUGAGGAGAUAGGAACCGAGGACGAGAGAGUAGCAGCAGCAGAUAUGGAGUCAGAGGAACAUGACAGUGGACAAAUUUCAGGGAAGGUAUUAGUAUACCACAAUCCUGGUUUGCAUUUCGGAGAUAUUCAUGUUUUGAACGCUACAUAUGUGGAAGCAUUGGAAACAAAAGUUGGAUAUUCCAAGUAUGCCAUAUUUUUCCCCACUAGUGGACCGCGCUCCUUGGCCGAUGAAAUAGCUAGUGGGGAUUUCGAUGGGGAUAUGUAUUGGGUUUCACGGAACCCUCAGCUGUUGAAGUACUUUACACCGAGCCAGCCAUGGGUAUCUGCUUCUGCAGCGCAAGAGAUGAACUGCAAGAAGCCAAGUGACUUGUCUUUUGAGGAGUUGGAGAAUGAGUUGAUUGAUUUAUGGUUGAACACUAGAUUUAACCCAAGUUACACGGUGGGUGUUGCAGCUGAUAGUUGGCAGGCAUUGAUGGAUCGUCUUCUAACGCUUGGUAGCGAUCAAGUUGAUGAAAAAUGUCAGGUGGAGAGAAACCUUUGUCAGUUGAUUGACAUAUACUAUGAUGCCUUAGAUGCUCCUAAGAAUGGUGGAAUAAAGAUUAAAGUUCCCAAACUUUUGAAGGCAGAAACUUUCCCACAUUACAUGGGAAAGGAUAAUUCCAUUUCCUUUCGCUCCAAAUCUAUCCUUGGAUUGAUUUUUGAUACGGUAGAAUCAUACCAGACAGAAAAUCCAACCGGCAAAGGGAUCUGGAAGAGCCCAUAUUUUGAUGUGGAAAUCCCGAAUGACUGCCGAAUGGAGUGGGGAAGACGCUACCCCGAAUAUAGAAAGGAGAUGGAAGCUGCUCUAAGCCAAGGUGCAGAAGGGAAGGAUUGCUCCCCAGAUGAUGUAAUAAAGAAAUAUAAGCAGUUGCUAUAUGGUGCACCGGAUUUCGAAGAGAGCCCGAGGAGGUGGGACGAUAUUUUCAAUGAGGCUCUUGCGAUCUAUAACAUUUCGUACGAGUACGCGACGGGAAGGCAUGCCGCGAUCGGAGGGAAAGCCAUCGGCUUAUGCGGAUUCGCUUGGAAAGUGGCGGGUCCUGCGCUCUGCCAGAUUUAUGCCAUGAAGCAGGGGCAGAAGUCGAUCGUCUGCCUACCCUCAGUUCUAAAGGAAAUCUUCAGUUAAAACUUCUGUUUGGCUUUAGCUUAAAGUGUAAUUGUUUA